GGUAAGCACUCGACCAUGUGGUGAGGAGGACCCAGUCCAACAGCACUUGCAGCUUGCAGCUGAGAGGGACCAUAUGUCUCCUCUCUCUGGAGACUGUCCCAGCCCAGUACUGCCAAGCCAUAUGCGUCUUAAUACCGUUAAGCACCGGGUCUUCAAGGGUUGAGGACAUUGCUGUUAUUCUGUGUAUGUGCCAUUGUAAGUUUUAUGGUGACCAACACAAUAAUGGCCACUGGGAGGUUUGCAGGGCGGUGGUAUUCCUCAAAGACUUCCACAUUCUUUAAAAAGAUGUCCUCAGAUGAGGAGGAACCUACCAGUCCUGUUCUGCCCAAAGAUUCUGAUCAUGGCAGCUCUGUCUCCUCUGACCUUCAGGAUGAGUAUGAGGAGCUCCUCCGCUACGCUGUGGUCACUCCAAAGGUUGACACACUCACCGCUACUUCAUUUCAGCGUCUGGGUACCUCACAUUUGUCAGUUGAAGGUUUGAGUUCCCAGAGAAGAGAUGACACAAAAUCACCACGUCCAACAGACCCUGCCAGUGAAGCUAAAGAUGGAAGGCGGAGUGUCAGAUCAACACAGGUCUCCCCCUUGAUUGUUGAGCCUGCCACAAGUCCAAGAACCUCUCACGUAGAGGAAAUGGCAGCUCGACCCAUUAGUAGGAUGUCAUUGCUCUCAAACGCUCCUUCAGACAGGUUACAGACGACAUCUGAGAGGUCGAGGCCAUGCAGCCCUAACCCUCUCGAGUCUGUUGUGACAGAGUUGUUCAUCUCAGAGCAAAACAUAAGCAAAAUGGGGAACAUUCUGGACACAUGGAGCAACAACUUGAAGUCAAAUGUGCUGACGGAGCUCAGGAAGUGGAAGCUGGCCUUCAUGGAGCAACAUAAGCUGGAAGUGAGGAAGGAGAGGGAAAAGUUUGCAGCCCAGUCAGCUGGACUAAAGUCGGAAUUAGACAGCUUGAAGGGGCUGCUGCAGACCUAUGAGACAUCCAGUCAGAGGAAAGAUGAGGUCAUCAGUAACUUGAGCCAGGUGUUAGACAGACAAAAACAAAAGCUUGAAAAGAUGAGGGCCUUCACCCAAUGGAGACUUCAGCACACUGAGGCCAAAGAGGAGGCUCAUGCUGCUCAGGUCGCAAAGCAACACUACAAUUUGCAGCUGAAGAAGAAGGUUUGGUUAGGCUGGCACUCUCUGAUCCAGAAACACUGGAAAGUCAAGGUGGAGCGAGCUUGCCGUGCAAGGGCUGAAGAGGUCUGUACGCGUCUGUCUUCAGAAUAUGAAGCAAAGCUGGCAGAGCACUGUGAGGCCUUAGAGAAGGCCCAGGCUGAGAUUCAGAGACUACGACUGGAGCGGGAGCGUUAUGAGGAAUCUAUGAAGAAAGCAUUUAUGAGGGGAGUGUGUGCUCUCAACAUGGAGGCUCUCAACAUGUUCCAGACCACAGAGGCAUGGCCAGAACAACCCCUGGGUCAGGAUCAGCAUGAUCUUCUGCCUCCACAAGAAGAGGCUGGCUCUGCUACACUGGCUCAACUACACUCAUAUCCCAUUUCCUCCACACGCUUCAGCCCAGUCCACUUCGAUCGCCCAGACCUUCCGUUGCACAGUGAAGCAGACGAUGGGGGGUGCUCUCAGACCUCAGUGUCCAGGACAGAAGUUCUUCCUCCCACCACAGUGGUCCACAGCUCACUCCCACUGGGUGGCAUCGCAAGCUCCAGCAAACAGGUCAGCAGUCGUGUUGUGACAGCUGGUCAACAAAAACCCUCAAAGACUGUAACAGCUCGAAUCACUGCACGUAGUGACAUUGGUAAAGCUUCACGCGGCAACCUCCAGGUGAUGGGCGUGGCUCCACCCAUGAGCUCAGUCAUUGUUGAGAGGCAUCAUCCAGUUACACAGGUCACUGUUGGUCAGGCCACAGCAGCCAAGUUUCCUCGCCCAUCCCAGCAGGUUCAUAGCUCCACAGGAAGAAGCUCCUCCAAAACAUACCCCAGUACCAGCACAUGCCACGUACACUCCAUCAAAGUCGUGGACUGACCACACACAGUUGUCACAAGAUGUCUGGACUAGAUUUAACGUUACACAAACUAUGCAACUGACCCACAGAAUUCCCUUGUCAUAAGCCCAGUUUCAUAUUACUAUUUUAGAAGUACUGUAAUUUCUGCAUUUUAAAGACUUUUCAAUGGUAUUUUUCAUAAAUUUGAAAUUGUUUGAGUCAUAGAGGAAUAUUCUCAGAAAAGUUCUACACAGGUGUUUAGAGGCAGAUGGGAUGGUUUUUAAUUCUUACCAGCUAGACAAAGUUGAAAACUGCAAGAUGGAAAAUUAACUGUAGAAAUGUUUUGCUUUGCUUUAAUUUAUGCACUGAUAAGACUUGACAUUGUAUUGUGUAAAAUGAUACCAAUAUUGCAAUUUCCUAUUGAGAUACUUCUUUCCACAGACACAGAUUACACUAAACCAGGCCAUAUUUUAAGGAUCUGACACCACUUUAUUUUUUUAUAAUAAAUUACUUUAUAAUUUUUUUAUUAUUAUUUUGCUAAUUAAUUCACGGUAGUAACAAAUUAUGUAAAAAUAUUGUUCUUUUUUUAUCCACACUUUUCAAUGUAUGUCAUCAGGAAAUGGUGCAGCUCUUGUUGGAACUUUCUGCCUCAAUUCGAAUUUUAUCUGUAAGACAUACAAUCAUUUUCUGUAAUAACAGUUUUGGCACACAUCCUCAGACUUUUAGGACAGCAUAUAUAAUGGAAUAUUUAUUGUAUUUAACUUAAUGUACCUGCAGCUUUUGUGUUGCCUGUGACAGUGAGACCCUGGAAGAGUCCUUUAGUCGGGUUCCUGUGAGCCAACUCCUCCCCGUGGAGCCAGAUCAGCAGCAUCCUGUUUCCAUGCUCCUGAUAACUGUGCUGACCUGUGAACAAAAGAACACAGCCCCAACCAGUCAGGAAAACGAUUCAGUCAGUACCAGUAAUCAGAAAAUUGCCUCAAGUGCAAGUGAAAGUGUAAUUAUACCAAUCUGUUUGAAAUGUUCAUUAUCUGAAGAAAGUCUUUUCACAGCUAGAUGUUCUCAUAGAAUCAGAGACUUUACUUGGUAGCAAUUCUGAUUUUCUGAAAAUUUCAAAAGGUGCAUUGAAAAUUCUGUCCAGUUAGUUUAACAAACAAAUCACAUUUUGAUAUAUUUUCCCUGAAUGCCAAUUUAUGAUAUACUGGAUAUUUCAACAUUUUAAUGAAGUGGGUUAAUUUUCCACUUGUAGGCCAAAUAUACACAAAAUUACUUUACAGUGUCACUAAAACACAAACCUCUACAGGUUAAAGUGGGCUAGAAAAACACUUUAAUGCCAACAGACUCUUUAAGAUUUGCAAUAAAGAGAUUUAAAGCUCAAAAU